AAAUUCCAUUGUCAUGUUCUAUCCCAAAUUGCACAAAAUGUGAUGAUUCUUAAUCUUGCUAAAGAUGCUAAUUAGGUUACUUUCUAUAUAAAGUUCCUGUAGAGUUUGAUAAAGACGAGGGAAUUAAAAAAGACUAAUAUGUAUGUGUAGAAUGUCCAUCUUAUAAAACUAGCGGCGAAGCUUUUAAUGUAGCGAGCUUUAAUUUUAUUCCAUGUGCUGAUUGUGUAGAUAAUCCUCAUAAAUGGACAAAUAAACGAAUUUGUAGUUACUAAUACAUUAAGCCUGGAAAUCCAGCUAUAAUUACAGAUGAAGAUAUCUUUAUGAAAAACUAAUUAAAAAAUGAAAAAUUAUUUUAUAUAGUUUUAUCUGAUGGAGUUUAUAAAACUUAAAUAUGUGAUGGAUGUAAAGACUUUUGUGGAGGCGAAAUUUCUGUUAAAGAUUGUAAUAUAGUUUAAGGUGUUUCUAAUGAAAAUAUAUAAUAAGCUAUAAUUUGCUAAUCAGGAUUUUAUUUUGACUAAGAAAAAAAAAAAUGUACCAAGUGCACAUAAUGUAUUUCAAUGAAUAAUUAAUUAAUGUGUGUUGUUUGUGAAGAUGGAUAUGCUUUAAAUAAAGAAUAAUAUUGUAUUUAGUGCAGUGAUGUUAUAACUAAUUGUAGUAAAUGUUUUUAUGGUGAUGAUCUUGGUAAAAACUAUUCAAGCGAUCCGCGUGCAUUUUAAUAAAUAGUAAAUAACGGAACAAUUUCGCUUAGAUGUAAAUAUUGUUAAAAGACAGAAACAAUAUAAAUUUAAGGAUAAAAUGCAUCUCGUGUAAGGUUUGAAGUUAUGAUGAUUCCAAGUUUGGAUUUGAAAAGCUGUGUUGAUUGCCCUAUAAACUGUCAGCGUUGUGAUUAUAGUAGAGUUGAUUAAGGAAAUGAAAUACAUACACUAAAUCCUCGGGUAAUUUCAGAUGUUACUGAAUAAUAAAACUAUAAUUUAAGAUGUAGAUCAUGUUUAGGUGGACCUAGUAACUUUAUAAACUAUAAUGGAUAAUGUGAAACUUGUGAUAUACCUCAUUGCAAAUUAUGUGUAUAUGGAAAACUUGAUGAUUCAAAUAAAAAUAAUUGGUUUUAUACACUCAGUGUUUUUAACUUUGCUAUAAAAGAUUUUCCAUUGAGUUCUUCUGUACCUGCAGGUGUUACUAAAUAUUGUGGAAUUUGUUAAAACGGAUAUUAAAGAGAUUCAAGUGGAAACUGUGUAAUUUAGACAAUUAGUAAUUGUGUUUUUGCUGAUUAAGGAAAAUGUAUAAUUUGUACUGAUGGAUGGGUUGCGAUGUAGAAUGGAAGUUGUUCAAGUAAUGUUAGAUCUGAUGAUAAGAUUACCAAUUGUGGGCAGUAUUAUAUGGCCUAAGGAUCUAGCAUUAAUACUCCAUGUUUAACUUGCAUAAAUUAUUAAAGUUAAAAUGGGAAUUUUGUAAUGACAAGCAAUGGAUAUGCUGAUUAUGUGAAGAAAGAAUGUUCUAGCUGUGAUAAUAUAGGAAGUUGUAGUGAAUGUUCAUAAUGGAAUUGGAGAUUUCUUGUAGAUGAAUAUUUAAUAUUAACAUAACCUUAAUUUGAUUCAAAUUAAUAAAAAUAAUAUACAGAUGAUCUAGACUUAUAAGAAACUGCAUGGUGUAAAAUUUGUCCUCCUCCAGCUAAAUAAAAUCCAUGGACAGGUGUUUGCUAUAACUGUAUUUAAUCAUGUGCUGAAUGUACUAUGAAAUUAGGGUAUCCAGCAUGUUAGAAAUGUACUAUGACAUAAACAAUUACCAGUGGAUUGAAUGUUCGCUCAUCUUAAAGUUUAUCUACAUAUGGAUGUGUUUAUUGUUCCGAUUACGAAAAAAGUUGUAUUGAUAAAAGUGAUAUUGAAAAAUAAUAAGAUAAUCCAUUUUAUUAUAAUUCUUAAAGAUUCAAAAACAAAACUAAUUGGGUAAAAGCAAAUUAAUGUAGAUAAAUUAGUGGAGAUAUCGAAUUAUAAGUAAAUUAAUAUGCCUCAAAAAAUGUUUAUUACAAUUCUGAAACAUAAAAAUGUGUAAUAUGUUCAAGUGCUAACGGAUGUAUUAAAAAACUUACUAUUCCUUAUUUUUUUGAUUGUUAACUUUAUGAACCUAUUGAUAUAUCUACAUAUUUUACUAAUAAUGGAUUAGGAUCACCUACUUUUACUGGAUAUAAUGUUUUUUCAAUAAAAAGAUUUUCUAAUUAGGGAAAAAAUAUAAAUAUUAAUUUAAGAGAUGUGUUAGAGAAAGAUGAUAAAUUUUUAAAAUAUGCCUAAGAAGGUGUUGAAGAAAACUAAAUUAUUUUUGAUUCUUUUACUAAAGUUACCUUUAAUAAUGUUAAUAUAUCUCCUCUUUUUGAUUUUGAUAAUAAUGCUGAUAAAAUUCCUUUUAAAAUACUUAAGCAAAUAAUUUUUGAGACAAGUUCUUUUAUUGCUGAGAAGGAAAAUCUAUCAUACUCACUUCUAAGAAUAGAUUUAAACUUUGCUGAUUUCAUAAAUUUGACUUUGAUAGAUUCGUAUAUUGUAAAUGUUAAAAAUGUCGUCAGAUUUAAAGCAUCAACAUGGGUUUUUGGUGCUCCGUUUUCUGCGAAAUCAGUUAAUGUAGAAACUGCAGUAUUCUAAACUAAUUUAUUAUCUUUAUAAGGACUUGAUUGUGUUAAAGUUCCCGGAUCUUCAGAUGCUAUAUUGAUUGAAAAAAAUACUCUUUUCAAAACCCCUCCUUUUUCACUUUUAAUUACUGAAGUUUAUUAGAUUUCUCAUAGAUAUACUAAUGUGAAAAUUUCUUCGGUUAAUUGCGAAUUAACUAAAAAUAAAGAUGAUAUUAUUUAAAAUUAAAAUGAAAAUAUAGCAACAAAGGGAGGAUUUGUGAAUGUAAAAAGUGAAACAAUAACUUUUGAAGAUGUUACAAUGACAAACUCAGUAGCAAAUUAAGGUGGAGGAAUAUAUAUUGAAUGUAUUUAGGAUUGUUAUGUUAAAAUAUUUAAAAAUCCACUAACAGAUCCAACUUAUUUAUGUUAAUUAAAAUCUUUAUAAACAUCUUCAAAUGAUAAAGUUUUAGGAGAAGGAGGAGCAAUAUAUAUAGAUGCUACAAAAUCAAAAUUAAAAUUAGAAGUUAUUAAUUGUUAAUUCGAAAAUAUAUUAUCUAGAACUAUAGGAGGAGUAUUUUUUAUAGAUCCAAGUAGUCAAAAUGUAGAAAUAACUAUUACUGAUUGCACCUUUUAAAAUAUUUAUUCCCCUUAAGGUUCUAUAAUUUCUGUUUAUAUUCAAGUUGUUUUUUAAUAAAAUGUCGCUAAAAAAUCUGGAGGAGGGGUAUAUUUUUAAGCUAAUGACAAUGAUUAAAAUUCUAUUCUUAUUCUAGAUGGAGUUACUUUUGAAUAAAACAAAGCUUCACAAGGUGGUGCAUAUUUUUUAACUGGAAUAGCUCCCACUUAUAUUUUGAAUUCUAUUAAAUCAAAUAUUUUCAAAAAUAAUAAAGCUAGUAGUUAUGGUAAUAAUAAUGUUGAAUAUCCUCGAAAACUCAAAAUCAUUUGGGACAAUAAGGAAUACAUAUAUGAUGGUUUAAUUUAUAAUGAUAUUCCUUUGAUUGAAAACUUUUCAAGUGGAAACAAGCCAAAAAAAUUACUUGUGUAAUAUUUAGGAGAUGAUAAUUAGUUAUAUAAAGCUAAUAAAAGCGCUUAGUGCACUAUUUCAUUAAAUUAUGGAACUACACAAAUACCUGAAACAGCAUAAGUUUCAGGAGCGACAACUUAUUCAGUUAAUUAUGAUGAAACUGCUAAUAGUUUUAUAUUUAACGAAGUUAAUUUAAAUUUAAGACCUCCCAAUACUUUAAAAAUAAAAUUUACAUCAGAACUUAUAAAAAUUCCAAUUUAUUUGUAAAACAGUGUAUAAAAAUACAUGGAUAAAUAUGAUACAUCAUAUUUUUUUCCUGUUUAAGUAAAAAUGAGAGAAUGUAUUAUUGGAGAAACAGUAGAAACUAAUGGAUCUUGUUAUUAGUGUCCUACAAAUAAAUAUUCACUUAUUUAAUAUGCUGAAAUAUGCCUUAGUUGUCCUAAAAUUGGUGUUGAUGAAUGCCCUGGAUUAAAUGUAAUUGUAGUUUCUUAAGGCUAUUGGAGAAGAAAUAUUACAACAGAUUUAAUAGAAAAUUGCAAAAAUCUAGAAGAAAAUUGCAUCGGAGGUAAAGCCUCUUAAUUAUGUUAUGAAGGACAUAUUGGGGCACUUUGUGAAGUUUGUGAUAUUUAUGGAGAAAUUUGGGAUGACCAGUGGGCUAUAAGUGGUGAGUACACAUGUGGAAAAUGUACAGAAAUAUCAGGAAAUAAUUGGAAAAUAGCAAUUAUGACUAUAUGGACAUUUAUAAGUACUUUUAUAUCUGUAAAAGGUACAAUUAACCUUGUUUAAUAAGAUAUUUGUGUUGAUACUCUUGUUAAACUAAAGUUUAUUUCUGGAGGAAGAUCAAGUAGAAUUAAAGAUAAUAUUGGAAUUUUAAUAAAAAUUUUGACAAGUUAUUUCUAAAUUAUUUCUCUUAUUUUCACUUUCGGUUUGACCAUUCCGUCAUUUUUCCAAAGUGCUUCUAAUACUGUUGGAAAUCCAUCAAAAUAAAUGAGCAUGUCAAUGGAUUGUUUUUUUAAAGAAGUUGCUGGUAAUAUUCCUAUUACUUAUUUCAGUCUUAUUUGGUAAUUGCUUAAUCCAAUGUUUUUUAUUGUUGGAGCUAUACUGGGUUAUGGAGUUUGUGUUUUAGUUAAAAAAAUUAGGCAUAAUACUGGUUAUAUUUGGUGUACUUGCAUAUUUUUGUUCAUUACUCUAUAACCCUCUAUUGUUUCGGCUUUUAUCACAGCCUCUUCUUGUAGAGUUAUUGCAAAAGAAGAAUAUAUAAUGGCUAAUGUUUCUUUAUUUUGUUAUUCUAAUGAACAUAUUUAUUAUAUUCUUGUGCUUGUUUUACCUUGUCUUAUUUUUUGUAUAAUUAUUAUUCCUUUCUUAUUUUUUAUAAAGUUGCAUAAAUAUAAAUAAAAGCUUUACAGUGACAUUUGGACUAAGUAUAAAUUUGGAUAUUUAUAUAUGGAGUAUCAAUCUCAUGCAUAUUUUUGGGAAUUGGUUAAAAUUUUAUAAAAAAUGCUUCUUAUAGUUUUUAUUAAUAUUUAUGAUUCAGAUACUAAAGUUAAGGGAGUUUUAUGCUUUAUGGUUGUUAUUACUUAUACUAUUUUAAGUUCUAUUUAUGAACCUUAUGCUGAUAAAGAUAAUAAUAGAUUAGAUUAAAGUUCUAAUUAAGCAUGUGCAAUAAGUAUAAUAUUAGGGGUAUUUUUAUAUUAAAAUUAUAUUGACUAUCUUGUUAUUAUUGGUUAUGUUUCUAUUGUCAUUGUCAAUUUAAUUUUCUUGAUUGAUAUUAUUUUAUGUAUUGUAAGAGGAUAUACUAAAAAAUUAGAUGAUUAAAUUUUCAAAUAAGCCGAAAAAAUUAUUCCUAAACUAAAUAAAAUACCUAAACUAUAAAUUUAUUUUAAGAAAAAAGUUGCUAGAUAUAUACCUAUUAAAAGAGUUUUGCAUUUAUGGAAUUUUGCAAAUUUAGAUAAGGGAAUAAAAAAGUCAAGAACCAUAUAUUAUUAAAAUAAAGCCUUCUGA